AUUAGAGCUCUUCUCACAUUGCCUCUCGAACUCUCUCGUUUCCUCAUCUCUCAGCUCAGAGAGUAAUCAAUACGAUGCCGUUUAUAGCACUCUUCGUCACUGCCACCCAGCUCGCCGGAGUAAUAGUCACCGUCACCGUCGCCGCCAACGCCUUCUCCUUCCAUCGCUACCGGAAAAAGAACCUCCGCCCGUUCCGAUCGCCGAUCGACGAGUCCUCCGACACUCUCGCCAUCUUCGAUGCUAACGAAGGAGAGAAUUCGUUUUUCUUUGGACUGGCGACAGCACCAGCACAUGUUGAAGACAAGCUCAAUGAUGCUUGGCUCCAAUUUGCAGAAGAAGACACUUGUGAUAAAUCAGAGCACCACAGCCAGCAACCUGCAGAUGCUUUGAUAGGUUCAGCUUCUGCUGAUGGUGGGUCGCAGCAAGCUUCAUUACCACAAAAAGACACUAAUAGAACACUUAAGAGGAAAAAAUCUCGUAAGAUAGCAAUGGAAGCAAUGAUUAGGGGGUUCGUGAAGUACAUAGAAGAAAAGGGUGAAGAAGAACCUGUACAAAGCGAAGAAUGCCAUCACAAAGUAGCUGCAUGGCACAAUGUUCCACACCCGGAAGAAAGGCUUAAAUUUUGGUCUGAUCCUGAUGUAGAAAUUAAUUUGGCUAAAAGGACAGGCAUCAGUGUUUUUCGAAUGGGAAUUGAUUGGUCAAGAAUCAUGCCCGAAGAGCCUGUCAGUGGUCUUAAGGAUAUUGUCAAUUAUGCGGCAUUGGAACAUUAUAGGUGGAUCAUCAAUAGAGUUCGCUCUUAUGGAAUGAAGGUGAUGCUUACUCUAUUCCAUCACUCAUUGCCACCUUGGGCUGGUGAGUAUGGAGGGUGGAAGCUUGAAAAAACUGUUGAUUAUUUCAUGGAUUUUACCAGGCUGGUUGUUGACCAUGUAUCAGAUAUUGUAGACUAUUGGGUGACUUUUAAUGAGCCUCAUGUUUUCUGUAUGCUGACGUAUUGUGCUGGUGCUUGGCCUGGUGGUCAUCCUGAUAUGCUGGAGGUUGCCACAUCUGCCUUACCAACUGGUGUUUUCCAACAGGCGAUGCAUUGGAUGGCCAUUGCACACUCAAAAGCCUAUGACUACAUACAUGAGAAAAGCAGUACCUUAACAAAUCCAAUAGUUGGAGUUGCACACCAUGUCUCGUUUAUGCGGCCGUAUGGGCUCUUUGAUGUUGCUGCUGUUACAUUGGCAAAUUCCAUGACUAUUUUCCCAUAUGUGGAUAGUAUCUCUGACAAACUGGAUUUUAUAGGCAUAAACUACUAUGGACAGGAAGUGAUCUCUGGUUCUGGACUGAAGCUUGUAGAGACUGAUGAGUAUAGUGAAUCUGGACGUGGGGUAUAUCCCGAUGGCCUGUACCGCAUGCUGCUACAGUUCCAUGAAAAAUACAAACAUCUCAAUGUCCCCUUCAUCAUUACUGAAAAUGGGGUUUCAGAUGAGACAGACUUGAUCCGUCGGCCAUAUAUUUUAGAACAUUUGCUUGCUGUUUAUGCAGCCAUGAUCAUGGGUGUCCCUGUGAUUGGGUACCUAUUUUGGACAAUUUCAGAUAAUUGGGAGUGGGCUGAUGGAUAUGGUCCCAAGUUUGGACUUGUAGCUGUUGAUCGGGCUGAUGGGCUUUCCCGGAUUCCACGUCCUUCGUACCAUCUAUUCUCUAAAGUGGUGACAUCAGGUAGAAUUACACGUGAAGACCGGGCACGAGCAUGGAAUGACCUCCAGAGAGCGGCUGAGGAGAAAAAAACACGUCCAUUCUAUCGGGCAGUUAAUAAACAUGGUUUCAUGUAUGCAGGAGGACUUGAGGAACCUAUAAUGCGACCUUAUGUUGUACGAGAUUGGCGAUUUGGACACUAUGAGAUGGAAGGUCUGCAGGACCCAUUGAGUCGCUUAUCAAGAUUUAUUCUCCGCCUUUUCUCUAUCAAAAGGAAAAGGAAACCUCAAAAGGAUGACGCUGAAUUGGUUCUUCAGCAUCUUUAGCCUCUGAUGGCUUACCCACUCUUGUCCAGAAUCUCUAUAUACUUUAUACACUUAUGGGAAACCUCAAACUAUAGCACUACCAAGCGAAGACAAGAUUCCAAGUUCCUGAAAGCAGUCUUUGAUAACCGAAGCAUAUAUAGCUUCUCAAGUAAUUUGAUUAAAACAUGAGGAGACUGCUUGUUAGACAUGGAAGGCAUUAAGUUGGUGUGAAUUCUUUCACAGCAUGUAUUUCAGACCUUGUUUCUUAACUGUAAUAUAAUGUAUAUGUAACAUGUUAUCUUUUUACCAUAUUGGUUUCAUGUAUAUUAGGAUAUAGUUCCUGUAAAAAAAAAAAAUUAUUUCCAGCACUUUGGAGACUUUGCCAUGGAAUUCAGAAAAACAAAAGAAUACAAAUUUACUCUUUAGACUGCU